CCAUCUGUUGUUUUUAAACUUCUAAAGUUUAUUAAUAUUUUCUAAAAUUUAAACACAUCAUCAUUCAGGCAUCGGCAUGCAGCAGCAGCAGUAGGCUCAAAAAUUUAUAUAUUCGGGGGAAUCCACAAUGAUGCUGUAAUAUUGUCAUCACUGCAUGUUCUUGACACGGAAGCAUUGACAUGGAACGAACUACAAGUCAGAGGAGAACUGCCAUGUCCAUGUCACUCCCAUUCUAUGGUAGCACACGGGACCCUAUUAUAUACUUUCGGGGGAUAUGAUGGGGAGAGACCUCUAGGAGACCUUUUUAGUUUUGACACAAAAACACUUAUCUGGAGGUUCCUUUGAUAGGGCCCCUUUGGAGGUUCAGGAUCCAAAAGGGUGAGAUACAAACAAAUAUUCCUAAAAGAUCCAUAAUAGCCUCCUACAGGGCAAUCAGUUUCAGUCGUGUUCGACAGCAACGAACUAUACGCGAGGGUGGUCACCUUUGUAUAACAACAGUUAAGGAACCCAUUCCUAGAGAACCAAGCUUCGUGACCCAAUGUUGUAGGUGAUGAUCUAGUUAUGAUUGGUGGUGGGGCCGCGUGUUACGCAUUUGGGACUAAGUUCAGCGAACCAGUGAAAAUAAGCCUUCUUCCUUUGUUGUCCAUGAAGAGUGAAGAGCAUAGAGAAUCUGCUGAAAGUAGUCAAAAACUUAGUGAUGCUUCCUAUUGGGUUUUAAGCCUCGAAAAGAAAUACGCAAAGUUGGUGAAAGACAUAUUGAAAAACUUUGGGUGGUUAGAUCUUGGGAGAAAAGUUUACUCUCGGGAUGAUGGAAUGCAUAUAUGUUUGCCAGUGACAGAAAUGUUUUGCUCAAUAUUUCCCGUUAAGAAACAAGACUCAACUUGUUAUGAUUCUUCUAAAACACUCGUUGAGAGAGAAGACCAUUCUAAAGAUAUUUCAACAGCCUUGAAAAUUGUGAUGGAAUGUCAUGCAACAAAAAUGGAAGAUGAAAUUCUAAAAGUGAAAAAAGCAUCACCCACUCCUUUGGAAGUAAUGAAGGAAUCAAUAGCCUAUUUACUCAGCCAAAGAGGAUUGCCCUUGCAACUCUUAGAGCAGCUGCCAUCAAGAUGGGAGCGUUUGGGUGAUAUUGUAGUGCUUCCUAUGUCAUGCUUCAAGGACCCACUAUGGGACUCUGUUGGGGCAGAGCUUUGGAGUUUGGUUGCAAAGUCACUUGGAACUAAUCGACUUGCUCGACAAGGAAGAAUAUCUCCAAGUGGCACAAGAGACAGUACUCUGGAGAUGCUUGUUGGAGAUGAUGGGUGGGUAAAUCACCGCGAGAAUGGAAUCUUAUAUUCAUUUGAUGCUACCAAGUGCAUGUUCUCCUGGGGUAAUCUCUCCGAAAAGUUGAGAAUGGCCCGCCUUGACUGCAAGGACGAAGUUAUCGUCGAUCUGUUUGCUGGUAUUGGAUAUUUUGUGCUCCCAUUCCUCGUCAGGGCUAAUGCGAAGCUGGUGUAUGCCUGUGAAUGGAACCCCAUGGCUAUUGAGGCACUCCGUCACAAUAUCCAGGAAAAUCUUGUGGCCGAUCGUUGCGUAGUUCUUGAAGGAGAUAACCGCAUUACAGCACCAAAAGGUGUUGCUCAUCGUGUUUGCCUCGGGCUCUUGCCAACGAGUGAGGGUAGCUGGGCCACUGCUGUGAGAGCAUUAAGAGAGGAGGGUGGGGUGCUACACAUUCACGGGAAUGUGAAGGAUUUGGAAGAAGCCUCGUGGAAACAACAUGUUUUGCAGUCAAUCCAUGAGAUGGCAAGAGCCGAAGGUCGCGUUUGGGAGAUAUCGUUAGAACACGUGGAGCGUGUGAAAUGGUAUGCUCCCCGGAUUCGCCAUCUCGUUGCUGAUGUAAGAUGCAGUACGUGAAGUGAUGAGGGAGUACUAAUUAAUAUUAGUGAAAAAAACUACGGAGUAAAAGAUAUGGUAUUACAUAAAAAACUAUUUGGGUCCGUUUGGUACACAGAAUUGAUAAAAUUGUAAUUGAAUUGGAAUUAAAAUUUCAUGAGAUUCAAUUCCAAUUCAUUUUUUUGCACUAACAAUUCUAAAUCCACAUAAUUUUUGUGCUACCAAACACGUGAAUUGGAAUUAAAAUCCUCAAUUCUAAUUCUGUAGUUUGAAUUCCGUGUACCAAAGGGAGCCUUUAUGUUUGUGUGGAUCACUCUAUCCCAUCUAUUCUUUCGCGCCAAUUCAAUGUCAUGCCUUUUUUCUUUCUUAGUUUUUCCAUCCCCUUUCAGGUGUCGAUCCCUUUCAUCCCAUUUCUUUUCCUUUUUUAUUCCCUCUUACCCAAUUUAAACUAUCAGCAUCAUAUGCAUUUUUAAUUCUUUCAUAAGAUCUCAUUCUCACCAAAACUAAAAUGUGUAUAUAUAUAUAUAUAGGGUCGGUUCUCGUGAGAAUGUACCUUGUGGAGAGAAAUGAGAUUAAAAUCUAGCCGUUGGA